UUGACGUUUGACGAACGGUAAUCUGUGGCCAAUUAUAAACAAAAACUUGAAGUUUUUCGUUUUUAUCAACAUUAGUAUUGGUUAUACUUAAAUUAAUCUGCCGUUGUUCUUGUUCGAUUACCAUAAAUUUAUUCUGAACAGUUUCAUUGUCAUAAGUGUUGUAACUAUCGAUCACUUUUUAGCGGGAAAUUAGCUUUCGUUCAAGUGGGUCAAGUGUCAUCUUUUGUUAUGCACGGUAAAUUGAACUGUAUUCAGGAUUAUUAUGUUUGAUUCAAAUUUGAAACAGUUACUGGAAAACCUCACCAAGAUAAAUGAAUUAAGUAAAAAGGCUAUUGAUGACAUCAAUGACUUUUUACUGGAGAAUGAUUCAAGUGUUUCAACUAGGAGCAAUUUUGUAGAUAAUCUAUCACUUACAAUCCUAUCUCUGAGCGAAGAGAGGGUUUGUAUUAAAAACUCAUACAACAAGCUCUCAACUGAUGAUCCUAAAUGUUCAGAGUCUCCUACAGUAGAGACUUCAUCAAAAGAGGAAGACCCAAAAGAAUCAUUACAGAAUCCACCUGAAACUGUUACGUUAGAAUGUACAGAAGAAGCCACUAGUAACGCAAAUGAAGUCUCGGAAAAAGAAAGAAUCGAAGAAACUACAGAUACAUCUGAAAAGCUGGAAAAUGAGCCAGUGGUCAAUGAGCCUUGUAACCCAAAACCAAUGCUAAAAAUAGUGGACUUCAACAAGCUAGUUGAUCCCCGAAAUUUGGAGUUGAUGAAUAAAAAUCAAGAUAAAAAUUCGAAUGCUAAGAAUGAAUCCAUAAUAGUCCUAAGUAGUUCAGAAGAUGAAGCUGUAGUCUAUAACAAUAAACGGAACAACUUGGAAAAAAAAAUUCAUAAAUUACUUACUGUACAAGCUGAACCUUCAGUGAAUCAAUCGACAUCAUCUAUUAGUCAUGUAGAAAAGGUUCAGGGAAGCAUUAACUCAAAUGAUACUACAUGUUUGAAUAUUGAAAAGGAUAUAAAGUUCAGAAGUAAACCUUAUGUAAAGUUGUUAAGAGUUCCCUGUGAAGAGAUAGAGAAAUUUUAUGCUCGUAGGCAUCAAAAUAACAGUUGCGAACAGAUGGCAGAAAAGGAAAUUUCAGAAGAAACCCCCUCACAAGAUUUAGAAAACGGGGAGGAAAAUUCAAAUUCGUGCGAUAAUGGCGAAACCAAAAAAAAUUCCAGAAAAAGGGACGAAAACGACGAAACAGAAAGCGAUAACUCAAAUAGGACAAACGCCGCUAAAUCCAGAAAAGUAAACGAGAGCGACGAGGGAGAAAUCGAACACACGAGGAGGAAGAGCGGUCCGAAGAGCAGAACGCAGAGAAAAACUUCCAAGAGAAAGGAGCCGCUCGUUCCAGCAAACGAUUCAGAUUCGUCGGACGAAGAGGCGCUCAAGAGGAAAAGAGAAGAUCGAAAAAACAAUUCGAAAAAUAAGAAAAUAUCUGGUGGUAGCAGUAGUGAGGAGGUGGAUUCGAAAAAGAAUCCAGAAAAUAGUUGCGUAAGUGUGGAGGAUGGUACUGUUCCUACGGAAAAACUAGCCGAAGAUAGUAGUGUAAAGGAUGCUCCAGAUGGGAAGAGUGGGGACAGUAGUGAUAACUCAGGAUCGGAUUCGGAAACGUUCACGUUUUCUGGGAAACUCAGCAACACAAAUAAAGAGGAUCCAACAUCAAAUAGUAAUAAAACAGAUAAAGUAUUGAUCUCAUCGGACAACGAGGAAGAUGCAAAUUCUGAAAAAGGGAAAGAGAAAGAAGAAUCAACCAAACAAAUCAUUUUGAGUUCUAAUGAUUCGGAUGAUGAUUCAGACUUCGACACAUUCUUCAAGAAAAACAAAUUCGUAAAAUCUAGCAAAAAAAUUAAGAGCUCGUCCGAGUCGGAGGGAGAAAAGACUAAAGAAUCCGAAACGAAGUGUAAUGGAAGCGACAAAGAAAGUUCCAAGAGUGAGAACGUUUCGGACAAGGAAGAAGAAGAUGCGCGAAAUAGAAAAAGGAAAAGAAUAAAAAAAAUUGAAGACGAUAGUAGCGAGAGCGACGAUGCUGUAACUAGGAGAAAAUUAAAAAAGAUGAUCUCGAAAGAUUCCCUGUCAGCCCAAACGAAGAAAGCGGCUGCCGAAGAAAAAGAGAGAAAACAGAGGAUUUUGGAGAAACAGAAAAAAUACAAUCAGAUCUACGAGAGUUCCGAACUGGCCAAUUCCAAGGUCGAGAAGCUGGUGUUGGACAUCGACGAAAAGACGGGAGAGCCGUUGCUGCAGGUGGACAAAGCCCUGGUCUCUAAGCUGAAGCCUCAUCAAGCCAGCGGUAUACAGUUCAUGUGGGACGCGUGUUUCGAAUCGUUGGCGAGGAUCAAGAAAUCGCAAGGGUCCGGUUGUAUCCUCGCCCAUUGUAUGGGAUUGGGUAAAACGUUACAGGUGAUCGCCUUAACGAACACACUCCUAGAAGAAGAGAAGACGAACGUGAAGAAGGUGCUGAUAGUCACCCCCCUGAGCACUGUGUUAAACUGGAGGGCCGAAUAUAAGAAUUGGCUCUCGGGCGACGAGGACUACGACGUUUACGAACUGGCCAGCAUCAGACCGCAGAACGCGGACAGGGCCAGCUGCGUGAGGGAAUGGCACGAAGCGGGCGGCGUUAUGAUCAUAAGUUACGCCAUGUUCAGGAACCUGAGCAACGAUAAGAAUAAAAAAGUCAGCAAGAAGUUUCGCACCAUCUUCAUCGAAGGAUUGGUGGACCCAGGACCCGACAUAGUGAUCUGCGACGAGGGCCACCUGCUCAAAAACGAGAAAACCAGCCUGUCCGUUGCGAUGAACAGGAUCAGGACGCGCAGGAGGAUCGUCCUAACCGGUACGCCCCUGCAGAACAACCUCAAAGAGUACUACUGCAUGGUGCAGUUCGUCAAGCCGAACCUACUGGGCACGUACCGGGAGUACCUGAACCGUUUCGUGAACCCGAUCACGAACGGCCAGUACACCGACUCGACGCAGUACGACAUCAACCUGAUGAGGCGCAGGUCGCACGUGCUGCACAAGCUGCUGGACGGCAUCGUGCAGCGCCGUGACUAUUCGGUGCUGGCGCCCUAUCUGCCGCCCAAGUUCGAGUUCGUGCUGUUCCUGACGCUGACGGAGGCGCAGAAGAAGCUGUACAAGCAUUACAUGGAGCAUUUCGCGAGGCAGGCGAGCGACGACGGUACCAGCAGGGCGUCGUUCCUGUUCAAGGAUUUCCAGGCGUUGUCGAGGAUAUGCAUACAUCCGCGGGUGCUCUUGGACAAGAGCAACGACGACCAGCAGAAGUAUCGGAGCGACGACGAGGAAUCGGUGGGAUCGUUGAAAGACUUCAUCGACGACGAUGGAUCGACGUCGACCUCUUCGGAGUCGUCUGGUUCGGACUCCAGUUCGAACGUGAAGAAAAACAAACGCACAACCAAGAGGAUCACGAGGGCCCAAAAGAACAACCCGGAUUACAAAUCGGACACCGAAGAGGAGGUGGUGGCCGAGAAGGAAUGGUGGCAGCAGUAUUGCGACGGUGAGGAGUUGGAUAACAUAGCGCACGGUUCGAAGCUGUUGCUUCUUUUCGAGAUAUUGAAGGAAUGCGAGCAGAUCGGGGAUAAGGUCCUGGUGUUUUCUCAGUCCCUGUACGCUCUGAAUCUCAUAGAGUAUUUCCUGGGGAAAGUGGACGAGGCAACUCAGAACGGCGACGCGGAAGAAAAAACCUGCGGAUAUACCGGCAGUUGGUCCCCCGGUUUGGACUACUUCCGACUGGAUGGUUCCACCAAUUGCGGCUUGAGGUCCGAAUGGUGCGAUAGCUUCAAUAAAGAAAGUAACUCUAGAGCCAGGUUGUUUCUGCUGUCCACUAGAGCCGGUGGAUUGGGUAUCAAUCUAGUGGCUGCGAACAGAGUGAUACUGUUCGACGUCUCGUGGAAUCCCUCCAGUGACAUACAGAGUAUAUACCGGGUGUACAGGUUCGGACAGUUGAAGCCUACCUACGUCUACAGGUUUGUAAUCUACGGCACGAUGGAAAUGAAGAUAUACGAACGGCAAGUAACCAAACAGGCCAUCUCGAAGAGGGUAAUCGACGAGCAACAGAUCGACAGGCAUUAUAAUCAAAACGAUUUGGCAGAAUUAUACAAAUUCGAGGAACCAGACCUGGACGUCAGGCCUACUCCAUUGGUACCGAAAGAUGUCCUCCUGGGAGAACUGCUCCGGAAUCAUGACGAUAAAAUUUAUAAAUAUCACGAACAUCAGACCCUCCUGGAGAACAAGGAGGACGAAACGUUGAACGAGGAGGAGAGGAAGGCGGCUUGGGACGAAUUCGAGAACGAGAAAGUUGACAGGACUAAGCAGGCUCUCAUCGGAAAAUUCUCCGUCAGUACCGUACAAUUGGCGUUGAGGAGCAUCAUCCAGAGGGACAACCCUACCUGGAACAACAACCAGAUAUUGUCGAUAAUCCCCCAGCUCAUCCAACAGUUGAACCUGCAACUGAGCAUGGGCGAUCAAACGAUGUACAACAGGAUAGCGGCUGAGGUCAAGGUUAUGCAGGAGGUGUACGCGAGGAAGAUGCAAAUGCAGUUUUAUCAGUACAGAUUGCAGUUGGCGCAAAAUCAACAGAUGCAGAACAUGUAUCAGCAACAGUUCCAGAUGAUGAAUAUGGGCUCCAGGUUCCCAGCCCCCGGGGCUAGCGGUCUCGGUUCGAACCCCGAGAACCCCAACGAAGUAGUGGAAUUAAAUUAGUGCGUCAGUGGAUAUUAUUUUUUUUUUAAAUAUGUCAUCACGGCACAAACACCGACUCUGAAAAUAAUGUGAGACAACUUAAAUUGAGCUCUUAGUUAGGUUGUCGAAAUUUUUAUAUAUUUCUGAAUCGAUAUGUAAUAUAAACAAACAUUUUUCAAUGACUAUGUCACGUUUUUUCCUAAUUAUUCUUGUAUUUAUGUAAAGUGGUAUUCGUCAGUAUUUUUGGUUAUUAUGUUCGUUUACAAAACGAAUUGAAAUAUAUUAAGUACAAAGUGAAAA